AUGACAUCUUAUCCCCUUCCGGAUCAAUAUACAGGAAUGACAGGAAUGGAUCGUGCAUUUCAAUUAUUGAAUUCAGCUGGUUGUUGGUCUGAUCAACCUUUUGAUUCAGUUUCUCGAAAUAUUCUUCUGCAAAUUGCGACCAUUUCACCAAAAGUAAAUUAUUUCCCAGAACAUCUCACUUCUAUGGAAAAAAUCGAGUGGAAUCCUCAUAGUUUACCUUAUUCAAUGCAACAUUUUGGGUAUUAUUUAAUAGCAAAGAAAUUAGUCGAAACAAGUGAGCAAAUGAACUUUAUGCAUCCAUGA